CGCUGGUGAAUCGAUAGCCUCUGCAGACAGACGCCGGGCUUUCGCAUCACGGCCCGCUCCUCAUGCUGCCAGGAGAGUCUCUGCCAUAGCGUGUCGCCAUCGCCGAUCCGGAGCAGGUCCUGGGUCCCCCCUGUGCUGCCCGUCCGCCUCCUGCGCCCCCCCGGCACCGCCCCUUGGACGCUCAGGAAGUGCACCUGGACAAUCAAACUUUAAUCCCAUCUACAGCCGAAUCCUAUUUUUAAAUCCGUCUGUGGGAACGCUUGCUCCACUUUUCUUUUUUCUGGAUUCACCCGGAAUCUCGGAGAACAUCCGGACGAGGCACGAUGCUGGGCUUGGAUGUGUGUGAGUUUGGCGGUCAGCUUCUCGAGCUGUUCUGGUUGACACUCUGCUACCGAGACAUCAUGGCCGACAAGGAGGCUGAGAAGCACGUGGCCGGGCAGGCAGAGGACGACGAGGUGGACCUGAACUACCAGCCGCCGGCGCAGAAGUCCCUGCAGGAGAUCCAGGAGCUGGACAAGGAUGACGAAAGCCUCAACAAAUACAAGCAAGCCCUGCUGGGAUCUGGCCCAGCGGUGUCCGACCCCGGCGUGCCCAACGUGCAGGUGACGCGGCUGACGCUGAUGUGUGAGGAGGCCCCCGGACCGAUCACCAUGGACCUCACAGGUGACCUUGAGGCCCUGAAGAAGCAAAAUUUCAUCCUGAAGGAGGGCGUGGACUACCGGGUCAAGAUCCAUUUCAAGGUGAACAGGGACAUCGUGUCAGGAAUGAAGUACGUGCACCUGAUGUACAGAAAGGGCCUGAGAGUGGACAAGGCCGUGUACAUGGUGGGCAGCUACGGGCCGCGGGCAGAGGAGCAUGAGUUCAUGACCCCGGUGGAGGAGGCGCCCAAAGGCAUGCUGGUACGUGGGAGUUACCACAUCAAGUCUUUCUUCACGGACGACGACAAGACCGACCAUCUGUCCUGGGAGUGGAACCUGCAGAUCAAGAAGGACUGGGACUCCAAGGAGUAG